AUGGAAUCAGAUGGAGCACUACCCAAAUGGGCAUUAGAGCCUUGUAUGAUGGGCAUCGAUGAAGCUGGUAGAGGCCCUGUACUAGGUCCAAUGGUGUAUGGAUGCUUGUACUGUGCUGUUUCUUUUCAGAAGACUCUUGCUUCAUUGGAAUUUGCAGAUUCAAAAACUCUCAAGGAAGAGAAAAGGGAGGAAUUGUUCGAGUCAUUGAAGGCUAAUGAGUCUAUUGGAUGGAGUGUUGAUGUAAUAGAUCCCCGAGAAUUGUCGGCCAAAAUGUUAAAGAAGAGUAAGAUAAAUCUUAAUGAAAUAUCACAUGAAUCGGCAAUGGGCCUUGUCACACGAGUGCUUAAUAUGGGGGUGCUUCUGACGCAGGUCUUUGUGGAUACAGUUGGAGACGCUGACAAGUACUGUACGAAGUUGUCUGAAAGAUUUCCAUCAAUUAAAUUUGUUGUUGCCAAGAAAGCUGACAGUCUUUACCCUGUUGUCAGUGGAGCCAGCAUAGUUGCAAAGGUUACUAGAGAUCGGGCUUUGCGUAAUUGGACCUUUGAUGAAUCAGCAGAAAACAUGCACAGGAACUUUGGGUCUGGCUACCCUGGAGAUCCUGAGACUAAGGCCUGGCUGGAACAUCACAAACACUCUAUUUUUGGAUUCCCUACAUUGGUACGCUUCAGCUGGGGCACUUGCACUACCUACUUCAAAGACGGCGCUGAAGUAUUAUGGGAAGCAGAUGGUGCCUUGGAUGAGGAAGGUACAGCUAACAAGAAUGGCAAGCGACAGCUCAAGCUAAGCAAUCUAGGUUUCACAGGAGGCAAGAGAAACAGCGAGGAGAUUGAGUCCAGUAGUAAAGGUCGUUGCAAGUUUUUCCAGAGUCGCAAACUCGAACAGCUUGUACAAUUUUAAGUUAUUUCAAGGCGUAUCGAACACAUUGCUGUACAAAGUAUGUGGAUGUGGCUAGGGGUGAAAGGCCAACCAAGAUCGUGUGCAAAGCAACCUGCACUUCAAUGCCUUAUGAUGUUAUUUACUGUUUCCAUGGAACCAGAAUGGAAGCACUGAAGCAUCUUGAUAUGUUUGUUCAUAUUCACAUACUUUGUCUGCCUUGCUUACAAAUGUAAGUGCUUGCUAUGACCGACUGUAAAAUGAGGAACUGAGAUCUGAGACUCUGAGGGUUCUCUGUAACGUUGUGGUUUUAAUACUGCGAAUUUUCUUUUAUCUUAUUCAUCAUUGCAUGUAAGAUUAAGAAGUUUAUACCAAAAAUAUUAUUACAAAAGUUUAAGAAUAUGUCUUUUCAAAAAAGAAAAAAGUAGUUUAUAGCAUUGACAUAUUUAAAACGUAAAUUUUCCAAGAUAAUAGGCUUGGUUAACCAGUUAACACUAGUAAGGUUGGAAGAUUCCUUUGGAUUUUUCUUUUUUUUUUUUUUUUUUUUAUUUUAUUUUAUUUUAUUUUAUUUUAUUUUUUUGUGUCACAAUUAUGUACUAAGUAUAUAACAAACCAAACCAAACCAAAUUUAAAACUGAUACAGAUCAACUGUAAUAUCCAAUAGUGUUAAUUAAGCAUGAAAGCAUUCAGGAUUCAGGAAUGAUCGCUUCGAUAUUCAUAUAAUUCGAGUAGAAAAACUGAUUACAGGCCUUGUAUGUCAAAGCUCCUAUUAAUUAUCAAGCUGAUCGAUUUCGUGACAAAAAACUGACAUAAUAUAAACAGUAGUAGUUCUUAAACCCGUCA